AUGGCGGGACCCACCUGCCAGCAUACCGUUAGCAAUGUACGAGAGACAUAUGACAAACUAAAAUCAGAAUGCAAAGAAAUAUGGAUCGAUCUGGACGAUCGAGCACAAAUGCAGUUUGUCUGGCCGGUCAAUACGCCUCUUGAAGUUCAUGAACUCGUAGGACCAGAAAGAUUCGAUGCUUCCUCGCCAAAGUAUCAGAUGCCAUUUUUCUGGACGAAUGUCGGAGUACUUGCGACACCAUCUUGGGCAAUGAUCGUAUGCCUGAUCGAAUGCGGUUUUGGCUUGUUCGGCUACACAUUGAAUGUGUUUCAUUUCCUUAUUAAUUUAUUCAAUUGUGAUGAUACCCGCCUUCCAUGGUUCGUAUUCUUUGUGACCAUAGGACAAUACUCAAUUUUUUACUCCUUUAAGGUGCUAUUUGUCGUGGCAAUUUUAGAGCGACGAUCUCGUUUGUUACGAAUACAACUUAUUUUUCAAUAUACAACAUGUGUGUUUCUUUUAUUAGAUGCAGCAUUUGCACUGGCUUCAGACUUUGGUGGAUACAACGAAGAGAAUAUUUACUGCCAAAAGGAUCCACCGUUGAUUCGGAUCGUUGCAGUAACGUCGUUGAUAUUCCUAUUUGUUCAAUUAUAUUUGCGAGCAAUGACGGUACCUGUCUAUCAUUUUCUAAUGGAUAAGAGGAGGUUCAGUACCAACCUUACCGCUUUUACUGAUCACCCACAAGAUUUGGUUCGAGAAUUUCUCGCAGAAGUUUUCUUAUUCAGCUUCACGCGGCAUCUUAAAAAAGAAUCCGAGAAGGUAUGUCGCAGAUUUUACGAUGCAUUACAGCCUCAAACAGAAUCCGAGGAAGUGAGACUCGGCUGUUACAGUAGAACUCUUUUGGGGUUCACAAUCAGUCAUUGGCCCUAUCGCAAACGGGGACGGAUUGUUGUGAACUCCGUAUUUCUAAGGCAAAGAGGCAACCGGCUGGGAAUUGUAGCCCUGUUCAAAUGA